AUGCAAGAUAAACUAGAUCAAUACUAUGCAAGCGUACUUUCAAAUGCUGAAAAUGGUACACAUGCGACCGUGGACGAUCAUGAUGAGAGUAGUGACGAAGAAAAAUUAGAUGAGCUAAUGAAUGAACUGGAUAAAGAAUUAGACGAGGACCACGAAUUUUUGAGCGCAUAUAGAUCAGAAAGGUUACAAGAACUAUCUGAUCAUUUAAAACAGGUCAAGAAGAAUGUCGAGGAUGAUGGGUACGGUAACUUACAAUGUAUUGAUAAUGAGGCCGAUGCCAUUGAUAUAUGUACUAAGACUAAUAGAGUUGUUAUUCAUUUUGAAUUAGAAACAUUUGGCAAAUGCCAGUACAUGAAUGAAAAACUAAAAAACUUGGCGAUAAGGCAUCUAACCACAAGAUUCAUUAAAGUAAAUGUUCAGACAUGUCCCUUUCUCGUCAAUAAACUGAACAUCAAAGUGCUGCCGUUUGUAGUUGGGUAUAAGAAUGGUUUAGAAAAAGUUCGCUAUGUUGGGUUCAGUAAAUUGGGGAACGAUCCUAACGGAUUUGAUAUCAGAAGAUUAGAACAAUCUUUGGCCAGUUCAGGUGUUAUCCAAAGUACAUUCCAAAGAAGAAAAUGGCCAUCUGGACAUACGAGACCCUUCAAUUCCAUUAAUGAUAGUGGAAGUGAGACUGGCAGUGACUUGGACAUCUAA